AUGGCGCAGCCGGCGCUGCCCAGCGCUGAGGCUAUCGUCCCGCCACCGGGCACCACCAUGCAGGAUCUCCCGUGCGUCGUGGCAGCGGAAUCGCUGGUCGUGGAACCCCUGUCGGUCCGUCCGCCGGCUUCCGCGUACGCAACCUUCGCGGCGGGUUUCCCCGAAAACGACACUGUGAUAUUAGCAGCGGAGGAAACUUUGCUGGCACGGAUUAAAGGACACCGAGAGGUUGUCACUCGUUGACUUGUUUGUAUCCCUUUUCUUUCUAAUAGUGUGUGUGUCCUUUAGAUCUUCUGAUGUUGUUGUUGUUGUUGUCGUCACUUUAAACCGUAUGUCAGUUGCUAAAUGCCAAAAUCUAGCAAAGACUCUCAGCCCGUGGUCACGAAAGUGCUAGAGCCAUCUGAGGAUCUAAAGAACACGCAUACAUAUAACGAGAAAAAGGUAUCCAAGAGCCCGAAGAGGUACACCUAAAAAUCCCUGCAGCACCGUAUGCGUGCCCAAAAACUGAAGUGCACGUCCGUCCCACCGUUCGACUACAGACUACAAGGGUAGCAUCACCCCCUCCCUGUCCCAGUCUAUACCAAAACGGAAGGUUGCCGACUACAGCAUACUGCUGUCUGAAGUGCUGUCUG